AGGGUAACUUUUUCAGCUAUUAUCUCAAGUCCAUGUGUACUUUGGAUAUUUAUUAUCCAGGUUUGGAUAUUGAAGAAAUUUAUGCCCAAAUGGAAAACCCCUACUUGAACCUUAGGCCUUUGAGGGAGUAAGGCUCCUUCGAACAUUUUUCAAGUUCUCAGCCUCGCACACUCGAGCCUUUGGCCUUGCCUUGGCUGGCUCUGGAACAUUUUGACAUCUCCUUCUGCUUUUUGAAACCCCAGCUUCGAGGUUUGGUAAUGGCAAGAAGCUCUCUAUUUCACUUGCUUCGCUCACAAGCGAAACAGCUCGCACCGAUCAAAUUUCAAGCAGGUUUGGUGGGAUUGUGGGAAUGAUGUUCUACAAUUUCCAUGCUACAAGAUGCUAUGCCUAGGUGUAAAGCCAUCUUCAACCUCAAAACUUUACUUGAGCGCCUUACAUAUCCAUGUGGCUAGAUGUUAUCAUCCAUGUAGGUUUGGAACAUGGCAACAUCCUUCUACUGUCAAACCCAACUUCAACUUUGCCAGGUAUGAUGCAGCACAAAAAAGAUGUGCUUCCCGAGCUGUAGCAUCAGAAGCUAACAGCAAAAUCAGCAUUGGACCGCAGAGAAGUGAGGCAGGGGAGGACAACGAAGACACUGGCAUCGUUUAUUACGGCCCAAUUUCAUCCACAAUCAAGAAAGUGAAGCUUCUGUCUCUCUCCACCUGCUGCCUAUCUGUGUCGCUUGGUCCUGUCAUAACUUUCAUGACAGCACCCGACAUGAAUGUCAUUUUGAAGGGUGCUGUUGCAUCCUCUGUCAUUUUCCUCAGUGCUACUACCACAGGAGCCCUUCAUUGGUUCGUCAGCCCUUAUGUUCACAAGCUCAGGUGGCAACCAGGUUCAGAUAGCUUUGAGGUUGAGAUGAUGACAUGGUUGGCUACAUUCGUUUCAAAGACAAUCAAGUUUGCAGAUAUCAAGCUUCCAGAGACCAACAGGCCUUUUGUAACAUUCAAGGCCAAUGGUGAUUUCUACUUCAUCGACUCUGAGCACUGUCAUAACAAGGCUCUAUUAGCAAGGCUAACUCCACAGAAAUCUGAGUCAGCAUUUAAGAACUUGUAAGUUUUGAGACAGAUUAAACUUCAUGACAGGGAUGAAGCAGUUGAGCUCAAGUUAUAGGUUUGGGUUAUGAGUUUAGCUUCUUCGGUAGUUGUUUUUGGAGACCCAGAGAGAACACACCAGACGACAUUGCGGAAAUAAGUCGGUUUAAUUUUCCCCAUUUUCACAUCUGGAUCUUUAGCACCAUAUCCUGGCUAUAUCUGGAGGAAAUUCUGUCCUGUUUUAAGCUUUACCUUUGUUAGACUCUCAAUAUAUUUCACUUUUUUGUGCCUGCUUUAACCUAUUUUUGCCACCCCUUGCACUUCCAUGUCUUGAAAAGAUAAUUCAAAUUUACUGAUUGAAUUUUUCGAGCA